AUGGCAGACGAUACAGCCCCGCUUGCCUCGCUCUCUCUUACCCAUGUCUUCUAUGACCCCUCCGACCCCGUCUCGUAUGUCUGCGCCUGGCUAGCCCUCGUCCCCCAGGCACUAUGUGUCGUCUACGUCACGCUGAUCUGGUCCUCGCGCGAGGCCGAGGUGGCGCUCCUGUUCGCCGGCCAGCUCGCCUGCGAAGCUAUCAACUUCGCCCUCAAGCGGCUGAUCAAGGAGGAGCGCCCCCGGCGUAUACACGGUAAAGGCUACGGCAUGCCGUCGUCUCACGCCCAGUUUGUCGCCUUUUGGGCCCUCAGCCUGGCUCUCUUCCUGCUCGUCAGGCAUCGUCCCAAGGCGCACAAUGUCAAGAAGCAAGGUGGUGGCGGCGGGGGCAGCGGCAGCAACAAGACAGAAACGGCCAAGGCGACGCCCGCCCUGGCUUGGGAUCUUUGGCAGCUCCAGGAGCUGUACGGCGUCGAUCGGUACCCACACAGGCCGUGGUCCAUGCCCGAGCGGGCUGCGGUGUCGGCCAUGGGGUUCGUCCUCGCCGGCCUGGUGGCUUGGAGUCGCGUCUACCUGGGCUACCACACGCCGAAGCAGGUCUUUGUCGGCCUCUCUGCGGGGGCCGCCAGCGCCAUUGGUUGGUUCGUCGCAACGGCCGUCGCCAGACAGACAGGCUUGCUGGACUGGGUCCUCGCGCUGCCUGCUGCUCGUUGGUUCCGGCUGCGCGACCUGGUGGUCGAGGAGGACAUUUGCCAGGCUGGAUGGGAGAAGUGGGAACAGAGGAGGGUCGCCCUCGCGGUUGCUGCUGGUAAAUCAGCUACGGCUGACACGUCCACGACGGCAAAUGACAAGAAGAAAUCUUGA